CUCGAUGCGGCGCUGACGUGCAAUACGCCAAACUAGUGUUUCUACCGUAAAAUCACCAGUGUUAUUUGUUUAUACCUACUAUGGAUUUGAUUACAUGGCCCCAAGGAUUGAAUGGCGAUUGUAUGUUCUAUUGAACGUGUAUGUGUUAUGUUUGAAACGACUUAAAUUGUGAAACGGGUCGGCCGUGUUCGUUUAUGUGCUGAAUGGUGAUUAAAAGUAAUUUACUUUGCUUUUACGGUGUAGAGGGUCGGUCGGUGCGUAUCGAUCGCAUAUUGAAACAAAGCUGUGGAUUGUUUUGGCGGUGUGAAACAAGCCGGCAAAGCUUAAGGUGUGCCCAUUUGGAUUCCCGUGCAAGAUCUGGCAUGGAGUGUUGAGUGAUGGUGCUUUGAGAUCGUGCUACUAACCAAGUGAUAGUGUUACUAAAGUGCUACUAAGUGCUGAAUGGAUUGUGUCGUUUUGGGAUUGUCAUCGCCAGUCACCGAUAGACCUAAUUGGGAACGGGCUACAAUGGUGUGUGUGUGUGCGGGGCUGCGGGGGGCGGGCGCGGGCAGCCGGCGCGCAUGGCGGCGCCAAUGAGGGAGGGCGCGCCGGCCGGCGGAGCUCGCCCCGCGCCCCACGCGCACCCCAACUUCGAGUACGAUGACAACGAGUGGGACAUCGGCAUCGGCGACCUCAUCAUAGACCUCGAUGCCGACAUAGAGAAGACGGACGAGGCGGGCGGCAUGGCGGCGCGCGCCGAACCUGACGCGCAGCGCACCGCGCUCAAGAUGAAGAUCAAGCGCACCAAGCCCGGCACUAAGAGCUCCGAGGCAAAGCACGAGAUCGUAAAGUCAAACGAAAUGAACGGCGAGCCGAAGACGACGGCCGCCACGCCGCCCGCCGCGAAACGCGGUUCGGGGGGGCACAGGAGAGACAAAGCUAGAGACAAGCACCACCACCCGCACCCGCCGCACGACGUGAACGGCGUGGCUCGCGUGCCGCCGCCGCCCAACGCGCCGGGGCCGCCCGCGCCGCCGCCGGCGCCCGCCCCGGCCGCGCCGCACCCGCACGCGCCGCACGCGCCGCACCCGCCGCACGCGCCGCACGCGCCCGCGCCCAAGCCCGAGCCGCGGCCGGCCGCGCCGCGCGUGGAGCCCAAGCCGCCGGCGCCGACGCCGCCGCCCGCGGCCCCCGCGCCCGCGCCCGCGCCACCGCCGCCGCCCGCGCCCGCGCCGCCCGCCUCCCCCGCCAAGCCCGAGCCGGACGACUCGCGGCAGGAGGCGCACAACGCGCAACCACCUGCUAAGAAACAGAAAACUGAAACCAAGGAGACUGCCGAAGUGUGCGUUGGUACAUCAGUGGGGACAAUUACAGAGCCAGACUGCCUGGGGCCAUGCGAGCCUGGUACCUCGGUCACGCUGGAGGGCAUCGUGUGGCACGAAACGGAAGGUGGCGUGCUGGUUGUGAACGUGACAUGGCGCGGCAAGACGUAUGUGGGCACGCUACUCGACUGCACGAGGCACGACUGGGCACCGCCGAGAUUCUGCGACUCACCUACAGAAGAAUUAGACGCGCGAACGCCUAAAGGCCGAGGGGCAAAGAGGGGCCGCGGCGCGAACCCCACUGACAUGACAAACUUCACAGAAACCCGUUCAUCUGUGCAUAGCAAAUUAAGAAAUGGCGGCGCCAAGGGACGCAGGGCGCUCCCUUCACCCACCCCCUUCACUCCCCCUAGACCUGACUCAAAGAGGAAAAGGAAUUCUGAAGCGGAGGAACGGCCGCCGACGCCGAAAGCGAAGCGGCCUCCGCCUACGCCAUCUUCACCUCCUCCCGAUCCCGUCCUCCUAGAAUGCCCAGAACCGAACUGUUCGAAAAAGUACAAACACGCGAACGGUUUGAAAUACCAUCGGUCGCACGCGCACGGCACUCCAGAUGAUGAAGAUAAAGACGGGUCGAGUUCAGAGCAAGAAGAGACGACGGUGGAACCUGCAUCUCCAGCGAGGCCGCCUUCGGAGCCUGCUACACCGGCCACACCUGUGAAAUCACCGACGCCGAAGUCACCUGAGGAAAAGAGUGACAAGUCACCUGAGAAAUCGCCAGAGAAGCCGGAGCCAGUGGAGUCCCCGCCACAGCCGCGCUUCGAAGAGUUCGCGACGACACCUGAACCCCCGCCGGUGGUCGAGAGACAGCAAACACCUCCACCUCCAGCGACGCCGCCUCCUGAAGCUCUGCCCACGUUACAACCAACGCAGUUUAAGGUGAAGCCAAGAUCGGCCUUAAUGCCUUCAGAGGAGCGCAAAUCAACGGAAUCACCGCCAGACGAGUCGCCCGGCAAGCGACGGGCUCGGCGGUCUCCCACGCCGGGCGUCCGGUCUCCCGCGUAUUCUGACAUAUCAGACGACACCGCACCAGCGGAAGGCCCGCCAGACGCAGACCCCGCGCAUCGUCCUUUCCCUGUGUACCAUCAGUAUUACGGGCAACCGCCUUACUUACCACCAACGCAUCCCCCCACCGCGCCACCCCCCGCCUCAGAUAAAGUCAAGGAAGACCUCUCCAAAGGAGACCCUAAGGCUGAUCUAAAGGACGGUAAACAAGACGGCGGUCCACAAAAGGUGUUACCGCAGCACUUCUACCCUUACAAUUACGUGCCGAAUUUUCCAUACAACGUCGAAACGGGCCCCCCACCCGGCCCGCCACUUGACGACAAGGCCAAGGACAUGGACCGCUCUAAGACCACACCAAGUCCCUUGGACAAGAAGCAGCCAAGGACCGACGGGAAGGAAAACCCGUCGCGGCCGAAUGAUAAUCAUCAGAUAUUGAAGGAAAGCAUAGAAAUGAAAGCGCAGAUGGGACCCUACGCGUACCAGAGGCCGCCGCACGCGAGAGAGGAAGAGUUGAGGAGAUACUACAUGAGCCUGGAGCAGCGUCGCAAGGAGGGCGGCGAGGGGAAGCCGGGCGGGGCGGGCGGGGGCGGUGCGGGGAGCGGCCCGGGGGGGGCACCGCCACGUGCACAGCCCGCACACAAGCCCAAGGACAAGGAUGACAAACCUAAGGAAGAGGUUAAGGUGAAACAGGAAGGGCAGAAGCCGACGACGGAGACGCAGGGCCCGCCGCCGCCGCCCACGUCGCAGUACUACCUGCCGCCGUACAUGCAGGGCCCGCACUACGGCGCGCUGCCCUUCGACCCGGUGUACCGCGCGCCGCUCAGCCCCAUGCUGGUGGGCGGGUUCGGCGGCGGCUGGAGCGUGCCGCGCUACCACGCGCCCGAGGACCUGUCGCGGCCCGGCGCGCCCGCCAAGCUGGAGCUGCUGCCGGGCCACGCGCCCUACGCCUACCCGCACGCGCCGCACAAGAUCCACGAGCUGCAGGAGCACGCCAAGUCGCCGCAGGGCAAGCCGCCGCGCGCCGAGCCGCCCAAGGAGCCGCCGCGCUCGCCGCCGCCGCAGCGCCACGUGCACACGCACCACCACACGCACGUGGGGCUCGGCUACCCGCUCUACCCGCCGCCCUACCCCGCGGCGGCAGUUCUAGCGAGCACGCAAGCGGUCGUCAACUCUUUCCCGACCCCUCCCAAAUGAGGGUGACCUCCCGAUACGAUGGACUCUCCCCUCGAUUAUACGAUACCGGCCCGACCGGCCCGAACUAUACCUUCCCCAAAACGAGUGCUUCGAGACAAAGUGAAAUGUGGACAAAAGUGAACAAAAGUGCUAGUGAAGUCGAUGGACAAGUGAACUUUAAACUAAGCCAGUAGCCAUAAUUAAAUACUGUGAUCUCGCGUGACCUACCCCCGUGUAUGUGAAGUGCGCUUUGAAUGUUUAGAUGUGUCCGAACUGAUAGUUACCUGAGUGUUGUUUGACUCCCGAGUGGUGUUGUGAAGUUCUGAGGGACGAUGGCGGACUCGAAUCGCUCUCUCGACUCUCCUCUUAUUUUGUUUUAUAUUAUGUUCACUAGUGAAUGCACAAACUAGUUAUGUACAUAUUAGUGUUACAUGUAAAUUACCUUUUAGUGUUCCGUAUUGUAAAAACAUCGAAUCGUAAUAACCGGGCAUUGUACUGAAAUUUGAAGCCCCGAGCGAAUUGUAAGAUCUUUAUUUAUGAGCAUUCCACAAACAAAUGCAAGCAUACCUAGUUUUAAAAGUUAAUAUUAGAUUAUAUUGUAAGUUUAAAGGCGUCAAUGUGAUGAUAAAGUGAGUAGCAUGCACAAACUUGCUAUCUCGAUAGUGAGGAAUGAGUAAUGACUAUUUAUAUUGUAUUAACGUAGAGAGCAUCCUAUAGAAUCGUGGAGUGUGUGACUAUCGCUGUGCGUAUAUGUAUGUCUGGCUUUUAAUGAUAAAUAUUAAAAAUCUCAUAGUUCGAUAUUCUCAUACAAGGGAUUAGCGUUUCUAUGACUUCCGUGCACCAUAGUUAAGGACUGUAUUUUUCUGCAACGUUAUUUUAUUGGUAAAUUUCCUACUCUGAAUAUCAUUUCAUACAAAACUAGUCUUCCAUUCAGAAAAAAAUAUGAAUCAUUUAUCUCGGUCCCUCGUGGAGCCUCGCUAUAGUAUUUUAGCAGAGCGAUAUAGUUCUUUCGCAGAUUACGUAAAAGUUUAAAUUCUAAAUCUAUACUCAUAAAGUACUGCCUUUACAUUUAUGCUCUCUUAAUGUCUAUGGUCGACUCUCGCAGUUUCCGAGGCCCGGCCCGUUGUGUUCGCGUUCAAUCUUCCUAGAAACUUUCAAACUAUAGGAAAAUAUU